UUCUCUCUCUCUCUCUCUCUCUCUCCAUAAGCCUCUCCAUAUCUUUGUGUUAUAUAAAGACCAUACAACUACCACCUUCUCUGCUGAUUUGCACUCUCAAAUGGGUCGAUCACCCUGUUGUGACAAGGUUGGCUUGAAGAAAGGACCAUGGACUCCUGAGGAAGAUCAAAAACUCUUGGCUUAUAUUGAAGAACAUGGUCAUGGAAGCUGGCGUGCCUUGCCUGCAAAAGCUGGCCUUCAAAGAUGUGGUAAGAGCUGCAGACUUAGAUGGACUAAUUAUCUAAGACCUGACAUUAAGAGAGGCAAAUUCAGUUUGCAAGAGGAACAGACCAUCAUUCAACUCCAUGCCCUCUUGGGGAACAGGUGGUCAGCUAUAGCCACUCACUUACCAAAAAGAACAGACAAUGAAAUCAAAAACUAUUGGAAUACCCAUCUUAAGAAAAGAUUAACCAAAAUGGGCAUUGAUCCAGUCACUCACAAGACUAAAAAUGAUGCUCUGCUGUCCACUGGUGGCCAAUCCAAGAAUGCAGCUAACCUUAGCCACAUGGCUCAGUGGGAAAGUGCCCGGCUCGAAGCCGAGGCUAGAUUGGUUAGAGAAUCAAAGCUUAGAUCAUCUUUUAACAACACCCCAACAACAUACAAUCUUUCAUCAGCUUCAGCUCAGCCAAAUAGGUCACUUGACAUACUGAAAGCUUGGAGUAGUGGUGGGUGUGACUUGGAGUCUCCAACAUCAAUUCUCAGAUUCUCUGAAAAUGCACCACCUAUCAUGACUUCCUCAGUUGGGGACAACUCAGUUCCUACAAUUGAAUUUGUGGGUACUUCAGGUAAUUCAUCAUCAGAGACAGGAAUUAUCAAAGAAGAAGGGGAAGAAGAUUGGAAAAGUAUGGAGAAUUCUGUGUCUUUCACUUCAGGACUUCAUCAUGAUAUGACUCUAUCUAUUGAAGCUGCUUGGACUUCUCCAGAAUCUUUGAGAGGUAAUAGUGAGCAUGUUAGUAUUAUGGAGGAAGAAGGCUUUACUAGUCUUCUGCUUAAUGAUUCCGUUGACCGGAGUUUAUCCGAUGGUGGCAAAGACAGUGACAAUUGUGGUGGUGGUGAAGGUAGCGAGUAUUAUGAAGAUAACAAGAAUUACUGGAACAGCAUUUUAAAUUUGAUGAACUCUUCCCCAGAUCAUUCACCAAUGCUGUGACGAGGACAUUAUUCGGUGUGCAUUUGAGAUGUUUCGAUUGUUAAUAGCUCAAUUAUCUCGACUUAGUUAUUGCAGCUAAGCAUAGAUAGAUUUCAACCGGUACAAGCUGGCCUGUUCAAUAAAAUCUACGUCUCUCUCUUGGUUCUUUUUUAAUAUAGUAGUGUAAUGAACAAAAUUUGUUCUAAAGUUGGUGUACUUGUAUUGGAUAAUUGCGGUUAAUUAGUUAUAUAUAUAGUCUGACUUUGUGUCUUUCGAAGUGAA